CAAGUUUUUGGCGCCGUUGCCGGGGAUUGAGUUAGAAAUUUACACUUAUUGUGAUUUAACCCGUUAAUUUGAGAACUUUUAUUCAUUGUUUUUAGUUUUUUUUAUUUUUCACGUUUUUCUUCUCUAGUGCAUGACACGUGCUAGUGGGGAGACACUUGAAGAAUUUGAUCCCGAAAUUGAGCAAACAACCCAUCAUUUGAGGAGAAUGGCAGCCGCACCUGCUAAUGUGAUGGAGGACGAAGUCAAUGGAGAAGAAAACAGACCAUUGAGGGAUUAUGCCAUGCCAUCAAUGGAAGGAGCCAAAUCUAGCAUAAGAAAACUGACAAUUCAAGCAAAUAAUUUUGAGAUCAAGCCGACCAUCAUUCAAAUGAUUCAACACUCGGUACAAUUUGGAGGCUUAUCACAAGAAGAUCCCAAUGUCCACUUGGCAAAUUUUCUGGAAUUUUUUAUACUUUUAAGCACAAUAGAAUGUUGGAAGAUGCCAUUCAUCUGAGGCUUUUUUCAUUCUCAUUGAAGGAUAAAGCAAAAAGUUGGUUAAUCUCUUUACCUUCAGGAUCCAUCACCACAUGGGAGCAAAUGGCACAAAAAUUUCUAUGUAAGUACUUUCCACCUGCGAAAACUGCAAAAUUGCGAAACGAAAUUACUAUGUUUUUGCAGGUAGAGAAUGAAUCACUCUAUGAGGCAUAGGAACGCUUUAAAGAUCUACUGAGAAAGUGUCUCACCACGGGCUGCCAAUAUGGCUUUAGGUACAAACAUUUUAUAAUGGUUCUACUGCCACAAUCCACAAUAUGAUUGAUGCAGCUGCAGGUGGAACAAUCAUGAGAAAAAAUGCCUGAACAAGCCUAUGAGUUGCUAGAUGAAAUGGCUGCAAAUUCUUACCAAUGGCCUACCGAGAGACUCCCUGUAAGGAGGGCUAUGGGUUUACAUAAUGUUGAUGCCAUCACAUCUUUGGCAGCACAAUUGGAGGCUCUCAAUAAGAAGAUGGAUGGACUGCAACUCCCAAUAUCAAAUACAUGUAAUUUUUGUGGAGGCAGCCACCCGAACCAUGAAUGCCAAACAGGUGGAUAUCUUUGAUGAUCUUGUUGAGGAGUACCAAAGGGAAGCACUUAAGGAUGAUCCUCUAGAAAGAUACAUUGCUAUGGAAGGGGAUAACACAUGUCCAGAGGAAGCCGAAAAUCUGGAAAAUUUGUUGGAAAUAAAUCUAAAGAAUUCCGAGGACAUGAGAGAACAAAAGCCAAAAUUAGAACUCAAAGUCCUUCCAUCUCAUCUCAAAUAUGCUUAUUUAGAACAAGAGGCAUUUUCUGUAAUUAUCUCUUCUUUAUUGACAGGUGAAAUGGAAGACAAAUUGCUGGAAGUUCUAAGAAGACAUAAGAAGGCAAUAGGUUGGACCAUAGCAGACAUGAAGGGGAUCAAUCCAUCCAUUUGCACACAUAAGAUCCUCAUGGAGGAAAAUUUCACGCCCAAGGUUCAACCUCAAAGGCGCCUCAAUCCAACAAUGCAGGAGGUAGUAAAGAAAGAAGUGGUCAAAUUGCUCGACGUAGAUGUAGCAGUACAUAAGACAAUUGGAGAUUUCACAGGGCGUUAAAAGUAGAACUUACGGAGAUGUUGAUGCUCUAGCAUGUCAACAUAAUCUCGGUCAAAAUCAGGGCAGUAUCUAUCUUCUUUUCCUCCCUUUGUUAUCAUUUGUUACAUUGGGGACAAUGUAAAUCAUAAGUGUGGGGGAGGUUUUUCAGGUUUUUUUCAAUUCAGUUUGUGAACUAAAAUUGCUGAGAAGGUUUUGAUUGGAAUGAGUUGUAGUUCUUAGAAAUUGGAAAAUC